AUGAGCACGCCUGUCAUAGAGUCAAAUGAGGAACCAAAUCACACGAUUGAAAAGACUGAAAUUAAAGAAUUGAAAGCAUGGUUAGCCAAAUCUAAUUGUCAACACUUGUUACCAAAAUUCAUUGAUAAUGGAAUCACAACCGAACUCUUACCAGAGUUGGACUCGUUCAGUUUAAAAGAGAUUGGAAUUAACAAGUUAGGGGACCGGUUACGGUUGGAAAUUGCCAUAAAUGCAUUGAAAGUUGAGAAUUUGAAAAGCUAUAUUGAUAUCAAUGAGUUGUACAAACGAUUAAACUUGGUGAUGAAUACAGCAACACCGACUACCGGGAAUGAUAUUUAUAAUCUUAGCUCAACUAAUUUAGCAAGGUCCAACAGCGAUGCAACUUUACCACAAUUGAGUAGUCUUAAUUUGAACAGCUUGAAUAAUCAGGAAGUACCACUGCUGCAACUGCUGCGACUACAACUGCAGUUGCAAUUGCAACAGCCGCCAACUCCCAAUAAAGACUCCAAGAAGACAAUCACCUUCAUUCUACAAGAUGGAAGUACUAAGAGAGUCAAUAUCACUGGCUGUUUCAAUGCACAAGCCAUCAAACGAAAGAUUGCCAAGAAAUUGGGGUUCAAGUCCCAUCUGAACCAAUUCGAUACUUAUAUACAAUCACCUGACAAUGAAUUUAGAGACAAAGGGGUUCAUGGGGCCGAUUCGUCAGUGUUGCUCUUGUAUGACGUUGAAUUAGUGACUAUUUGCUACUCGCCAGACAGAAUGGAAAAGCACAGGAUCAUAUUGGUUCCCAAGGGCGAAACACCGACAAGAGCAGCCAUUAACGCGUCAGAAGCAAUCAUGAGUAAAUACGAAGGGACAAAUCUAGCACAUGAGCAGCGAAAAGGAGAUUCACUGUUAUUGAAUGAUCACGCAAGACCAAAUAUGAGAAACUUUUUUGGUCAAAGACCACCUAGUGAAUUGAUUUCUUCAAACUUGGCCGAGUAUUUCCCGGAUACGAAACAAAGGGAUUUGGAAAAGACGGUGAGGAAUUCAGUACGACACAGUGUUAGGCUAAGCAGACGGCUCAACUUGCCAGUGGGGACGUUUUCUUCCAGUUCGGUGGCAUUGAAUCCUCGAGCUUCAAUGAUGAGCAACUCUACUGGCUGGCUAUCCCAUCGAGCAUUGAGUAUUUCUUCUGGCGAACAAUCCGGCUUUGGUCUUGCUGGGAUACGAAGAGAGCAACUACCUCAUCGAACAGUUGGAGAUAUCAUGGUGCAUAAUAUAUCCGCUAUUGAUGAGGCAGUUGUGAACAGCGAUACAGCAAGCAUGUUUAGUAAACCUACAAGCCAAGUUCAAAACUACCGUCAUUAUUCGCCAGUAUUGGGAGGUAAUAAUGCAGUGGGGUCGCCUCCGAUGAACUCACAACUUUCAAAAGUACUGUCAUAUCAUCAAGACGCACAGUCCGUGGUUAGUAAUGUCAGUGCAAGUGCGCUACAUCGAAUAUCGUAUUUUCAUCCAGAGCUUGAAGCUGAGGAUGGUGAUUCUGAUGAAGUUGGACGCGCUGUUGAAAACCACAGACAUUCUACAAUACAAUUGUUAGACUCCACUGCGUCUGAUGAUGAGCUUGAAGAAAUUGACGACACUGCCAUUGGUGAUGAUUUAGCCACAACUGGUUUCGAUAGUGGAGUCCCUGACAAUUGGUUGAAGGGCGCUAAAAUUGGGUCCGGCAGUUUUGGAACUGUUUAUCUUGGCAUGAAUCCAUAUACUGGUGAAUUGAUGGCAGUGAAGCAAAUUCCUUUGCAUGGAAGUCCUAACAAAUUGAAGGACCAGAUACAGAAACUGUCACAAAGAGCAAAUGUGCCGGAUAACAAGGACAAGUAUCAACAUCGAGAAAGUGCAAUUUUUCGUAAAAAUAAGGGACUUGAACCUACUUCGAAGACUUCUACGCCCGGUUCGAACCAUUCACAACAGGACUUGAAUGCAGAUUACUUUGCGCCUCCACCAUUGCCACACAAGGAUCAAUCAACACCAACUCCAGUUCUGCAAAAGAUUGCUGAUCAAGAAAGAGAAAUGAUGUUGUUGAAAGAUUUGAAUCAUGAGAAUAUAGUGCGAUACUUUGGAAGUUCUUCUGAUGAAAAUUAUCUCAAUAUUUUCCUUGAGUAUGUUCCUGGAGGCUCCGUGCAAACAAUGUUGAAUUCUUAUGGGCCAUUUGAGGAGCCAUUGAUACGUAAUUUCAUUAGACAAGUCCUAAUUGGGUUGAAUUACCUUCAUGGAGAAGAUAUCAUUCAUCGUGAUAUCAAAGGAGCCAAUAUAUUGAUAGACAUAAAGGGGACCGUCAAGAUUGGUGAUUUUGGAAUUUCAAAAAAAGUCAGCACAAUUGAUGAAGAGGAUGAAAACUUGAAGAAAAACGGAAAGAGAGCAUCAUUACAAGGAUCAGUGUAUUGGAUGGCGCCAGAGGUUGUCAAACAAACCACGUAUACGAAAAAGGCUGACAUUUGGUCGGUUGGUAGUUUGAUUGUGGAAAUGUUCACUGGGAAACACCCGUAUCCCGAUCUAAGUCAAAUGCAGGCGUUGUUCAAAAUUGGUAAUCACAUACCACCAACAAUCCCAGAAUGGUGUACUGAAGAAGCAAGGAUCUUUUUGGAAAAGACGUUUGAAUUGCAUUACACUAGAAGACCACAUGCAAGUGAAUUGUUGAAUGAUACAUUCUUGAAUGCAUUGAUUAUGUCCAAGCAGUAG